CCAGCCUGCAUUUCUUGACACUUCUCUUUCUUCCAGAGUGCUUACAAUCAGAUCCCAUUCCAGUUCAGAGCUCACGCCACGGCUCCAGGUCCCAAUCAAUACUCCUGCCCCAGUGAGAGUCCCCGCUCCUCACAAUGAAGGAGUUAGCCUUGCUGCUCUGCCUCGCCACAGCCUCCGCCCAGACGCACUACAAUCUCCCGGAUGGCUACCAAGAAGUCCUCAUCGGUGAACUACUGAGUGACUUUGACUGCACGGGGCGCUCUUAUGGCUACUACGCUGAUGUGACGACUAACUGCCAGGUAUUUCACGUCUGCCUGCCCGCUAGUCACGCUACAGGUUUCGAGGUAGGAAGGGCAGUUCGUUUCUCCUUCUUCUGCGGCAACCAGACAGUGUUCAACCAGGAGUCCCUCACGUGUGGGUUUCAAGAGGAGGUGUUCCCGUGCAGUGAGGCGGAGAGUAUCUACGAGGCGUCCAAUGCUGAUUUUGAUGUGGAGGCGAGCAGUAGUAAUGUGAAUAGUGCUCAAGGGGAAGGGUCUGGGGUUAAGGGGGGUGUAUUUGCAGAGACACGAGGUGUUCCGGGGCAUGCAUUACCUGACGGACAUAGUUCUCAGGGUGACUCACUCUUUGGACAGACUUCUCAGGGUCUCCCAUCAUCAGAAAGCAAGAAUCUUCAGGGUCAAAUAUUCCCUGGACAUAAUUUUCAGGACCAUUCACUCCCUGGACAAAAUAUUAAGAAAAAUGUAAUCCAUGGACAGAAUUCAAAAAGCCCAAACAAUCAGGGUGAAACAUUUCCUGACAAACAACACUUCCAAGGCCAGCCUCUUCAGGAACUAAAUUCUCAGGGUCAGAUAUUGUCAGAAAGCAAACAGAAUCAGGGUCACACGAUCCCUCAAGGAAAAAAUACCCAGGGCGAGUCAUUCCACGGACAAAAUCUUCAGGGUCACUUAUUCCCACAGGACCAGAGAUUUCAGGGCUUCACUUUCCCUGAGAGACCGAAUUCCAAGGGACAGUUAACCCAUGGACAGGAUCUUCAGAACCAGUCAUUGUCAGAAAGCAAAAAUUCUCAGGGCCACACACUCCCUGAAAAACAAAAUUCCAAGGGACAGUUAAGCCAUGGACAGGAUUUUCAGGGCCAGUCAUUGUCAGAAAGCAAGAAAAAUCAGGGCCACACGCUCCCUGAAGGCCAGAAUACCAAGGGCGAGUCACUCCAUGGACAAAAUUCUCAGGGCAACACAUUCCCUGAGAGACAAAGUUCCAAGGGACAGUUAACCCAUGGACAGGAUUUUCAGGGCCAGCCAUUGUCAGAAAGCAAGAAAACUCAGGGACACACACUCCCUGAAGGAAAAAUUCUCAGGGCCACACAUUCCCUGAAAGACAGAAUUCUAAGGGGCAGUUAACCCAUGGACAAGAUUUUCAGGGCCAGCCAUUAUCAGAAAGCAAAAAGAAUCAGGGCCACACACUCCCUGAAAGACA